AUGGAGCAAAACCCGCCCCCGGGCCAUCUCCUUGUUGGAGGCCUUGCUGAACAGCCUUUGUCUCCCAGAGAAGAAUCACGAGCGACGUGUCUACGUCAUACACGUCCUGACGUUGCGAUUCUCAGGGCGUGUGACAUCCUGAAGGUGGGAUGCACGCAAUACCCAGAAGUGUUCUUCUUGCGCUUCUUGCGCAUCCGGUCCUACCGGAAAGAGGAAAGAACACGCGUCAGACAUCGAAAGGUGCUUCAUUGGCUAGCCAAGUCGCAGAUCAAGGGCGAGUUUUCCGAAGUUGCUGGGAGGUCCAAAAUGCACGCUGCCUCGGAGGUGGCAAAGGUGACGAGCCUCCUGAAGAAGGCUCAACCCAUCGGAACUGCACCAUCAAGUGAAACGAUAUCCGUCCACGAGAGAGGGACACGUCGUGGCUGCAGGCUUUGCUCCCAGAUUUGCGGCAGAGAGUGGCAUCAGCAUGUGACUGUAGCAGACAGAUCUCCUUUGGUGGAUCUCGGUCUUUGGUACCAUCCUGGUUGCCGUCAACUGGUACCAUCUUCCUCUUGCAGAUGUCCCGGGAGUAGACCCCUGGACGCGUGCAGAAAAGCAAAA